UUUGGCUGUGAACUCCUCCUUAAAACUUAACCUCAAGGUGGGUGGCGCAUUUACGUUGUAGAUGUCUAGGGGCUCCAGUAACCACUUAACACCAGAUGAGCUGCUAGCUCGUCCAUUCAUCUAAGCAAUAAAAAAUAAAAAUAAAAACAUACUCGCCUAGUACAUUGCAUUGGAGAAUGACUUUGUUAACAAGUUCGAAUCGUUGUGGUUACCUAAGCCACGAUUGCCUCUCAAACGUGAGGAACACAUUUUCCGGUUGACCUUUAUUAAAAAUGCGAGAUUCUCAUUAACUGGGAGAGCAUUAAUUGGGGGAUUAACUUUUAUCAGAGCGGGCGGUACUUCCCUCUGUUGUUUGUGUUUAACCUCAAUUGACCCGUUAUCUUGCGCUCGAGAGCGUCUAACAACAAACCACGCGAAUUUGUAUAUAUAAAGAGAAACAAGUCUGAAUUAAUUACAUUCUGAUAGUGCACAUCAAGUGAUCAGUACAGCGCCGCUUGUGUCUUAACGUCCGCCUUUGAAUUUACAUAAACUUACAAUGAAUUUCGCAAAGAUCCUAUCCUUCGUCUUCGCUCUGGUGCUGGCUUUGAGCAUGACCAGCGCUGCUCCCGAGCCCAGGUGGAAGAUCUUCAAGAAAAUUGAAAAAAUGGGCAGGAACAUCCGUGACGGCAUCGUCAAAGCGGGCCCGGCGAUCGAGGUCCUCGGUUCGGCUAAAGCUAUAGGAAAAUGAUCUUUAAAACGACUGCCAUAAAUACUAGUAUUAUUUAAUCUACUCGUUAAUUUUAAUAUGUAAUUAAAUUACAGCUUUAAGACUUAAUAAUAAGACGUUCAAUUUUAAAUAUAAUUUAAAAUUAAUGUCUGCCAAAGUUUUCUUAGUGAUAAACGUUAUGUUGUAAAAUUGAAAAUAAAUAAAAUAUUUUGUACAUAAUUCAA